GGUAAGUCCAGGGAUUCGGGAAGAGGGAUGAUUUCCACUUGCUACUGAGGAUUAAUUUGGCCUAAGCCUGUCCAUUUCCCAUUGUCAGUCUUAGCUUGGCAGCGCCUGGCUUUUAGAAGAUGAAAUUCAUCUGCUGCUCCAUGAAAGACACAAACCCAGCUGCAUACAAGGGCACUACCAAAUACCUACUGGGAAAGAUUUUGCCUGUCCCCCAUAUCUUUCAGCUGCAGUAAAUGUAUGAAGUAAUUGUAAGAGCAACACACCUUUCAGCCCUCAUGUCUUUUGGCAUGGUUCAAUAGACUUUUGACCUCCAAGGAAUGUUGCUUACCCAUUACCCAACCCACCUCUUUCGAUAGAGAGGCAUAGUUCAGUUUUGACCAGCUGACUAUGUGGCAGCACUGAUUUCAUUUACUGAGGUGUUGGAUGUCUGCUUCAUGUGUCUUCAGAGGGGACUUCCAGUUAGAAAUGAAACUACUGUGAAUCAAAGAAGACAUGAAGGUGCAGAAAAUACUCAUCUUUCUGUUUCAUUUGCAUGCUGUAGUUUCAGGUCCUGAAGAGGAAACCGGGCGAUUUUCCGAAGAUUUUAUCCUUCCUUGCUUUUUUCCACCUGCGAAAGGUGAAGUAAUUUACUGGAAGAAAGGGAACAAAAAUGUGCACAGCUACUACUACGAGAAGGAUCAGCUAGAACGUCAGGACUCUGCGUACAAGGGGAGAACAUCCCUUUUUCAUGAACAAAUUCCCAAUGGAAAUGCCUCUUUGAAACUGAGUAACCUGAGCCUGAGUGAUGAGGGCUCCUACAGCUGCUAUGUGGGGACAAAUCAAGAUAAAACAGAACUGGAAGUCAGGCUUCACGUAACAGUUUCCCCCUCUUAUGCAAUGGAAUAUGAAAAACGAGACACAGAGAGACUGUUGAAAUGUCUUGCCUUUCGUAUUUAUCCUGAGCCAAACAUAACAUGGGCAUAUAACAGUACAUCUAUGCAAAACACAAAAAUGGAAGUAACUCAGGAUGGCCCUCUCUAUUUAGUUAGAAGUGAGCAGAACAUUACAAACAAAGUUUCUUCUUACCAGUGUCACAUUCAAUUUCACAACCAAACUUGGACUGCUGAAUGGAAAAUGGAAGAUCCGUUUUUUAAAAAGGAAGGAGAUACUGUUUCAAUUCCAUGUGAAUUUAUGGCUGAAGGGUCUCCAUAUGCUAAAGACUUCAUAGUUACUUGGACAAUAAUCAGAAAUGCAUCUACCUUGGUUCUGGCAUCCUCUGACAACUCAUCACAACCCCCUGAACAGUUUAAAACUCGAUUCUUUUGGGAGAAAAUCAAUGAACAGGACUACUCAGUAAUCUUAAGGGAUCUUACUCUGGCAGACAGUGGAGAAUACAUGUGCAAUAUUUCAACACCUCACUAUACACAACUCACUGUAAGAAUUUUGCACAUUGGGGAAAAAUCCUCACGUCACCAUUGGAUAGUAGUUAUAGUGCUACUGAUCCUCAUCAUUGCCUUUGCUGUAUGGUGUGCUGUGAAGGUAUGUAUUACUUUAAUAUCUGUUUUUGUAAAAUCCCUUAGAACAAGAUGUAUGUAA